AGUUCGUCUUUUUGGUUUGUGUUGUUGGUCUUUCCUCGAGAAGCCAACAAACCGUUCACCUCGCGUCCACUCACCUUCUUUCCUCGGCAAAUCAGCUAUUGAUCAACUCCAGUACCCGCGCACAUGAGUUCGAGCCAGGGCGCACUUGCUUCAGCAAGCACCGAGCAAGCAAAACUCGAACAAGCGAUCGCUGAAAUGACGCAAGCUCUGGCAGCCGACCGAGAGGAACGGCGGGAGCUUCGGCGGCUUGCUGCUACCGCCCGUGCAGCAGGAUUCCUUCAAGACGCACAGCAGUAUGAGGAAGACGCGCGGCAACUGUUGGCAAUCAUCAGCACGACCAGCACCGACCUCGCGGCAGUUCGUCAACAGCUGUUCGCUUGUCUCAACCCAGCCCCAGCCGCACAAGGCUCGGUGCUCUUGGAAACAAACCACUCGCUGGUCCGAUUUUGGCGAGCCCUUCUUGACAACCAAGUGACCGAGCAGGUCUUGCGACUGGAUCCUAACACCAACCGGAUGGUCGCAGUGGCUCAUGUUCCUGGGCAGCCGCUUCGAGCCAAUGAACCAAGGUUCUUGACCCUGCCUGACGGCGUGUUCUGGCUUGGGAACGAGAAACUUGGAUCGGUCCUCAUGGUCCGCAGUUGCUACGAUGCAAUGUUCGAUGCGAUCAUCAAUCCACCAGCAAACUCUGCGCCAGCAGCAAACUCUGCGCCAGCAGCAAAGCACAGCUGGAUUGUCACUGGAAAUCCAGGCACCGGCAAGACGUUCUUUUCGGCGUACUUUGUCUAUCGCUUGUUCCAGCGACACCCUCGGCUGACCUUGGUUUACGAGCCAGCGCCGCAGCAGCAGCCAGCCACCAUUCGCUACCUCCUACGGCCUGACCGAGAGGUUUUGAAAGGCAGCAUUGCUCUGGACAGCUUUUACGACAGUCUCGACGACCGCCGCGCCGAUUUCUGGUACCUUGUCGAUGGCCAUCCCGCUGGUAUCUACCGUGCUUACACCCUGCUCGUCACCUCGCCGCGCCGCGACUUUUACAAGGAGGUCCAGAAAGACGCCUAUCCUAGGAUGUUCAUGCCAGUGUGGUCGUGGAACGAGCUGCUUGCUCGCCUCCAGCAACGGAACGCGACUCCCGAGCAAGUUCUAGCUGCCGAACAGCGUUUUUUUCGCUGGGGCGGCAUCGCGCGCGAGGUUCUCGAUGAUGGGAUGACUCUGCCGUAUUCCGAACUGCUUUUGAACGAGGCGCUUGGUCGUUGCAAUAUCCAGACGGUCCGCAGCGCUGUGGGUCAGAUUGCUGAUGCGCAAGAUUUUUCACACCGAAUCCUUCACGUCCAUGUCCAAGCAGACGAUCGUUCCUUCUCGUUGUACAAUUUACUGUUUGCGUCUAAUUGGGUGGCCGACAGUUUUCUGACUCUUGCGCUUGCCAACGAACGCGACAACCUCGUCAGCUUUUUGCGUGCGUCUGCCGACCUUGCAGAGCCUGGCGCGCUUCGUGGGCAUUUGUUUGAGAGGCUCGCCCAUCGUCUCAUCCGUCAGGGCGGAUCUUUCAACGUUCGAAACUUGUCCAACAACCAAAGAACCAAUCAGGUCCUUCCGCCGCUCACAUCCGUCCGCUUCCUCCAGCUGGACCAGGUUAAUCUCAAUCUCCCGAAUCGCUACUUUCAACCAGAUCACGGCAAUUUUCCGGCCAUCGACGCCAUCAUCUCGCCGAACAACAACCGCAACUCGCCCUAUAUGUUCUUGCAGAUGACCGUCAGUCGGGACCAUCCUGUCAUCGCGCAACGCUUGAGCGAGGCCAUUGCUCGUUUGCCACCUGGAAGCGUCGCCCAAUUGUACUUUGUGGUGCCCUCUGAACUUUUCGAUACCUUUCGGCCGCAGCCCUACCACACCACCGAUCAUCACGUGUUUCAGACUGCUCGGGCUGUGCCCGCGAAUGUCCGGAACGUCCAGCAAUUUGCCUUGCGCAUAGAUUUCGCGAUUUUCCCGAAUCAAAACCCUGCUGCUAUCGUCUGAUCCCACCAAUUUUGCAUUUCCUGUUAUGUC